UGUAUGCAACACAGAGGAAGGUAUUUACUGUAACACUGGAAAAAAAUUGGAACUAACAAACGUUUAUCGGUGUUACUAUCUCAGUCACCUUAAACAUUCACUUUUGGGCUGCUGCGUGCUUGAACAUCGACGUUUUUGAACAGGGCAUCGCAUACGCGCACACGGACCCUCGAUGAAGGUGUGUAGGUAAUACUGUAAGAGCCCCGUAAGACGCCAUGUCUGAAGAGGCCUUUUCAGAGAGUGACCUGGAUCCCAGCCUUAAUAGUGACGAGGAAAGCGAUGAGGAGGAGGACAAUGGCCAUUUGGAGGAGGAGGAGGAGGACGAUGAGGACGAACACUGUGGAGAUGAUGAGGAUGAUGACAGUGCUCAGAGCUGGCAUGAAAAAGCUCAAGAAAGCCGGGACUCCGCUUCAUCUACCUCCGGGGAGCCUCGCUCUGAGCCCUCGUCGGGCCCCGCAUCCCAGCCGUCCUCCAGGGCCCCCUCCAGGCCGGCCUCUCGGUCUCAGCCUCCGGCCAGCCCUGGCAAGUCUAGCCAGAGCAAGCCAACUCCAAGCAAGUCAAAGAAACACAAAACUUCCAAAUUGACCAAAUCCCCCAAGCCGUCAAAACACUCCAAACCUUCCAAGCCUGCAAAGCCUGCACAUAUGAGAAAAAAUAUCAGGAAGCUGCUGAACGAUGACCAGCUGGAGGCAGGAACCAAGGCUGCCCAACAGGAGGAGAUGGAGCGGCGCAAACGUCUGGAGCAGCAAAGAAAAGACUUCCCGAUGCUGGCGCCUACUUUACCAGAAGCACAACUAGUGGAUGCUUCCUCACUGUUAGGAGAGGUCUCCCAUUUGGUCCCCGCCCUCCUCGGCAAGCAGGACGUGAUCUGCCUGGACAGCAGCGGGGAUGAAGACGAAAACGCAGAUUCCCAACUACCCGUACUAGCUGCUAUUCGAGAUGAUAUCAUCGAGCUGAGUUCUGGGGACGAGGAUGCCCUGCAGAUAAGCAGCGAGUCGGGGGAUGAGGAUGAAGGUGGCGCCGGCGGCACAGAGGAGAGCAGCGGAGCGCACAUCAACGACGCUCUCAACUUGCCUGACGCCCAGGGCCGCGUGCUGGUUAAUAUCAACCACCCUGCCGAGGAGAAGGACAUUUUCCUGGCUCCCCAGCUGGCCAGGGCUGUCAAACCUCACCAGGUGGGCGGGAUCAGGUUUCUCUAUGACAACUUGAUCGAGUCUUUGGAGCGCUACAAGAGCAGCAGCGGCUUCGGUUGCAUCCUCGCUCACAGCAUGGGGCUCGGCAAGACGUUGCAGAUCAUUUCCUUCAUUGACAUCCUGCUGAGGAACACCGAGGCUCACACCGUCCUGGCCAUUGUUCCCGUCAAUACGCUACAGAACUGGCUGGCGGAGUUUAACCUGUGGCUCCCACCGCAGGAGGCACUGUCCCCCGACACCGACCCAGCUUUGCUGGCCGGACGUACAUUCAAAGUUCAGAUACUGAACGACGAGCACAAGACCACGCUGGCCCGGGCCAAGGUGGUGGACGACUGGAGCCGAGAUGGAGGCGUGCUGCUGAUGGGGUACGAGAUGUACCGGCUCCUUUCCAUGAAGAAGAGUUUUGUUGCGGGGAAGAAGAGAAAAUCAAAGAAGCCCGUGGGGCCUGUCAUCAUCGACCUGGAUGAGGAGGACAGACAGCAAGAACUGAUGAAAGGUAUCGAAAAGUCCAUCGUACGACCUGGUCCAGACGUGGUGAUCUGCGACGAGGGCCACCGCAUUAAGAACUACCACGCCAGCACCUCACAGGCUCUGAAGAAUAUCCGUUCGCGGCGCCGCGUGGUACUGACGGGUUACCCCUUACAGAACAACCUCAUUGAAUACUGGUGCAUGGUGGACUUUGUCAGACCGGACUUCUUAGGCACACGCCAGGAGUUCAGCAACAUGUUUGAGCGGCCCAUUCUUAACGGGCAGUGUAUGGACAGCACGCCCCAAGACGUCCGCUUGAUGCGCUACCGUAGCCACGUGCUGCACAGUCUCCUGGAGGGGUUUGUCCAGAGACGUGGCCAUGACGUUCUGCAAGAUCAGCUUCCCAUCAAGACGGAGCACGUGAUCUUGGUGCGGCUCUCCCCGAUACAGAAAGCGCUGUACACCGAGUUUAUGAAUCGUUUCAGAGAGGCAGGGAAUAAUGGCUGGCUUGGUCUCAACCCUCUCAAGGCCUUCUGUGUCUGCUGCAAGAUCUGGAAUCACCCGGAUGUGCUUUACGAGGCUUUGCAGAAAGAGAAUCAGAGCAACGAGCCCGACUUGGAUCUGGACGAUAUCACCAGUAGCACUCGCUGUGCAGGCCUCAAAGGCAAAGGGUCGGACUCGGGCAACAGCAAAGCCAACAACAUUCCACCCCUGCUCAACCCCUCCCAGGAUCGAAGCAAUCAAGUCAUCACGUAUGAAUGGGCAAAGGAAAUCAUGUCAAACUACCGGGUAGGAGUUCUGCAAAACUCUGCCAAGAUGGUGCUGCUCUUUCAUUUGAUCGAUGAGAGCGUCAGAAGAGGAGACAAGAUGUUGGUCUUCAGCCAAAGCUUAUCCACCCUGACAGUCAUUGAAGACUUCUUAUCAAAGAGACCCGUUCCAUCAGACGUCGCCUCUGCUGACUCUCACAACCCCAACUGGGUUCGCAACCUCAAUUACUACCGACUGGAUGGGAGUACAUCUGCAUCAGAAAGAGAGCGACUAAUCAAUCAGUUCAAUGACCCAGAGAACAACAAAUCAUGGCUCUUCCUGCUUUCUACCAGGGCGGGCUGCCUGGGCGUGAAUCUGAUCGGAGCCAACCGCGUUGUGGUGUUUGAUGCCUCCUGGAACCCGUGUCACGAUGCCCAGGCAGUGUGCAGGGUGUACCGCUACGGUCAGAAAAAGCCGUGCUACAUUUACCGCCUGGUUUGCGACUUCAGCCUGGAGAAGAAGAUUUAUGACAGACAGGUCUCCAAACAGGGCAUGUCUGACCGUGUUGUGGACGACCUCAACCCGGCACUGAACUUCACUCGUAAGGAAGUGGAGUCACUGUUGCACUUUGUGGAGGACGAACCUGAAGCGUACAAGAUAGACCUGAAUGCCGUGGAAGACUUUGAGGGAGUCAUAUAUGGAGCAUGUCAGCUUUAUCCACACCUCAUCACCAAGCAACCUUUCCACCACGAGUCUCUUUUGGUGGACCGGAAGGAGACCAAGCUGACCAAAGCGGAGAAGAGAGCAGCCAAAAAGAGCUACGAAGAUGAGAAGCGAGCCUCCGUGCCCUACUCUCGGCCCUCGUACGCCCCUUACUAUCCAAGCAGCAACCACACGCUGGCUAACAUAGCAGCAUUCAACCAACGUGUCUGGCGUCCUAUGGUCCGCCCCGACGACAAGCCGGUGGCGAGUGUCAGGCCCAUCCAGUCCACGCCGAUCCCCAUGAUGCCUCGCCAGGUGGUCAUGGGCGUGGCCGGACCCAGCUCCACAGGCAGCUUACCCGUCAAUUUCCUGCAGAAGGCCGGCGUGUACGUGCAGAGGAUCGUCACCACAACUGACAUUGUCAUCCCUGGAGCCAACAGCGCAACAGAUGUCCAAGCUCGAAUCAGCGCCGGGGAGAGCAUCCACGUAAUACGAGGUUCCAAAGGUACCUACAUAAGGACCAACGACGGAAGGAUUUUUGCAAUAAGAUCUGGAAAGAUCAGUCGCCCGACCGUGGGGGUCUCCGCUGUUCCAAGAGACGGCCAGCAUCUGCUGAGUAAUGGCUGCGCGUCCCCCGUGGAGCAGCAGCACUCGCCCAACGGGGAGCAGCGGUCCUCCUCUCCCUUGAGCUCCGAGAUUCUCCGCGAGCUCAGCCGCUACGCCGCAUCCGCAAGUGCCGCCGCGGGAAACGACAUCUCCUCCGCGUCGUCGGAUGGAGGCGGUCGCAUCCCGGAGCUCCGCGCGCCACCCGACGACGACCUCCUGAGCUCGCCUUUAGAGACGCAGUGCGGCAAACGCAAGCACGCCGACGGCCAAGGUGGUGCACAGGCGGGACCCAAACGGACUUCGGCUGCGUCGCAAUUCCCCGGAUUUUCCCUGAACUCCGGCGGGCUGGCAUUCCCACCCGUGGGUCUGAACUCUUCCUCGCUGCUGGGACGUAUGACUCACCCUCUUCUGAUGGGCGGGAGCGGUGGAUCUUCGUUCCUUCAGGCGCCGGGACAGACCCUCUCCGACCUCCAGACCGUCUUCCCUUCCGCCCCCGGCAAUGGACAGCUCCCUCCACCCUCCUCAUCCGCGCUGUCCACCAUCCUCUCCUCGCCCUCCGCUGCCAUUCCCGUGUCGUCGGCAUCGCCGGCCCCGACUACGUCCUCCCUGCCGCCGUACCUGAUGAACCCCAACGUGGCAGGUUUACUAUCGUCUGGCUUCCCUCUCAACUACAGCCAGUCUUUGCUGCCUGAGCCCAGGAUGUUCCCCGCCCCGCUUCUCUCCGCCUCAGCGGGCUUCCCCACGCCGAAUUCCUCUUCAAGUACGUCCAGCUACCUAUCCCAUUUCAGCAACCCAGCUUCCAGCCUGCUGGGGGCGGCGCUGACCCAGGCGGACAGACACCGCAGCACGGAGAACGGGGGUGACAGCUCUGAUGAUGAUGUCAUAGAGGUGACUGGACACUAGGAAGUCACGUAGGAGCACGUGCAUCACAUCACCACCAUCAUCAUCAUCACCAUGUUACUUAAUUUCAUCAAUUCUAUUUCCUGGGACAUCCUAGAGUAGUCAGUGUGCGGCUUGUACAGCAGCAUCUCAACACGCAGCCAUUGUUAUGUCACACCACGCCGUUCCCACACCAGCACGGACAUUUCUUUCUCUGUUGCCAAACGCUUUCUCAGGCCAUGGUCUCAUGGAUGGCGCUGAAGUGGUGGAGAUGAACCUCGGCUCCCCAGUGCCAGCAGCACUCAUGCACUACCAUGCUUGACUCAUUUGGUUUCCAUGCUUUUUGGUUGAUGGCGGUGGGUGGAUAGUAAACAAGCUGUACGCUGACUACUCUUAAUGACGUGUCAGCUUGUUUGCAUAGCAUUGUCCCUGGCUGUCAUCCUUUCUGGGAAGUACAUAUGUAGUACACACGCUUGAAGCUGGGGGGGGGGUUCACCAUUCUUUUUAUUGGGAACUCAUCUCCUGUCUUCGCCAUCAUUCCGGAGAAAAACAGAGUUUGCAGGGUAAGGAGUGAUUAUGUAUAUUUUCUAUGCGGGGCGUGUUGGAGACAUCAGUUUCCUGGCAUGGUUUCCUGUUAGAUGAUUGACUUUCUAGCACAGCCCCCCCCCCCCCCCCCCACACACACACACAUUAACAUGACAGGCAACACCCUCUUGUAGAUAGAAAUCAUUCUGAAGAACAUUUUGAGGCCAUCAGUGCUUUUCACUUUCUCUGAAUCCUGAUGAAAUGAAACGGCCUCUCAUGUUGGAUUUGCAGUGAAAGCAUCGUCACUCAAAUUUCCUUGAGAAGUGAAGUCAACUGGCCUGAAAGAAUCCCUGGAAAAGCCACGGCGAGCACCCCACCCCACCCCACUGAAAGGAAAUCCUGUACAUACAAUAGUAGUCCUUGUUUAUAUCAAUACUGUGCCGUGUGUAGGGAGAUGUUGGCUUUAUAGCGUCUAUGAAGAUACUCCAUUUUUUUAUAAUUUCUUAAAGCUGCAAUGAAUGUAACACGACUUCUUUCAUAUUUAGCCUUAAUACUUCAUCACAAAACAAAACAAAGCAAAAAAAAAGGCUCACUGUUGUCAAACCACACGUUUCACAUGAGAGCCAACGUUUCCAUCACGGCAGUCAGCUGACCAUGGCGUCCUGCGUUCUGUUAUUGGGGUGUACGUCUUAGAUGUAGGGAUCAGUUAGUGCUUUUAGUAAGUAGCCGCUAGAUAGCGUUGUCCAAAGGGUGACACAAUGUAAAAAUGUAAUUUACAAAUAAAAAUAAAAAAACAGCAAAAAUGACAGUUGGCUCCUAGAGUGGCCCUCGUUGGGAGAAGUUUGCACACCCCCCCUUCAGAUGAAAAAACCAUGAUGGCUUACAAGUCUGCAAUCGUUUAGUUUUUGUACGGACUGACCCCACAAAUUUGAGUUACGCUGAAUUUGGGGUUGUUUGGUCUCGGACUCUUGUGACUGACAGGAGAGUUACUAUCAUGGUGUUGACACUACGUGCUGGCCCCCUUGGGGAUCAGCGUUGCCAGCUUUGCUGCCCCUCUAAAUACUUUCUUUAAAAAAGCCACUUGCGCUUCUCAACAAGCGUGGGCCCCACCCCCAUCCUAUAAAGCACUCACAGACGACUGUCUUGUUCAGUGUCGUUCGAAACAUUUGUUGUGCUUUUUGCAAAUGCAUCAUAGCAAGCUGUGUCAAUUUUAAUCCCCUGCCACACGUAGAUUGCAGUCCUGUGGGAAACAGCGUAUGGUCCCUUUGUAUACAGUUUGCAUCUGUCUAUUCAUGUCCACAAUGUUCAUUUUUAUAGAUGGAAUAUUUACAUGUUUUUAAGAUGUUUUUUUUUCAUUUGAUGGUACUUUCCCUCAUUUGAGCGUUUUGUUGUUGAAAUGUAUUUAUUUAUGUAUUAUUUUUGUGUUCUCUUCUGUUCUAUUGGUUGGCUGAGCCAGUAAUAAUUGGACAACUCGCCAGGAUAAAAGCAGAACAUGACUGUGUUGUCAACGUUAUUUUCAAAAUAAAAGAUCUCAUCUAUUGCAGUGCUUUUUAAUAAAAGCUGAAGUACAUUUU